CGCAGGCUUCCGGUCACCGUGCCGCCCCUGAACCCUCUCGCCGUCCCGUUCGCUUCGGUAACAGCUCCUUGUUUUAGACUUUCACGGCGGCGUCCGUCUCUCAAUUCGCGGUUGACUCGUUCCAGUGUCGACGUGAGCAUGUCCGCAUCCCUGUGACCCAGUAAGGCCUCUUUUCCUCCGGUUACCUCCGGUGCAUUCAUUAGCCGCUUAGCUGUGUAGCUAAUGCUAGGUGGCGUUAGCUGUCAACAACUGAACUGAGAGAGAAUGGAGAACUCAGAGAGCAGCUCCUCCUUGGGGCCCCUGGUAGCGCCAGACAGACCCUCAGGCCCCUCUGGUCAGCUGUCCGAGUCAGCCAGGCCCUCCAAGCACAUGGAGCACCAGUCCAAGUCACCAAGGAGACGGCGGGAAGGGAAGAGGCCGCAGCGGCGGGGGGAAGGUCAUGAACAGCUGCUCUGGGAGACCGAGCGGCGGAGGUUACCAGGCCAACACGAGCACUUGGAGCCCUCCGGGUCAACGAGCGACACAGCGGAAAGUUCACCUAAGAGGAGAGCGCACUUUCUACAUGGACCGUGUCCAGCCACUCACUUCGGACCCAAAGCCUGUAUUCUUCCCAAUCCAACUUCAGUCAUGCACAUCCAGGACCCGGCCAGCCAGCGGCUCACCUGGAAUAAACCUCCCGUCAACGUACUUGUCAUCAGGAAAAUUAGAGAUGAGAGCUUGGUCGAGCCUUUCAAAGAACUUUGCCGAUUUCUAGUGGAGGAGAAGCAGAUGAUGGUCUACGUGGAGCGCAGGGUCGCAGAUGAUGCUACGCUGUCAAAGGACGAGGCCUUCGGCUCCAUACGAAAUCAGCUCUGCACCUUCAGGGAGGGUUAUGAUGACAUCUCUGACUGCAUUGACCUGAUCAUCUGUUUGGGCGGAGAUGGGACUCUGCUUUAUGCCUCCUCUCUCUUUCAGGGCAGCGUUCCUCCAGUCAUGGCGUUCCACCUCGGUUCUCUGGGUUUCCUGACACCCUUCAAGUUUGAGUCAUACAAAACUGAAGUGGCCAAAGUAUUUGAAGGCAACGCAGCCAUCACUCUGCGCAGUCGUCUGAAGGUCAAGGUGGUGAAGGACAUGCUUCAGAGAACAGGCCAGCAGCCGCACGACCGAGAGCCCCCCGAGCAGCAGCAGGAGCACAACGGACUCCUUCCUCACGGACACACCAACAGCGAGGCUGGCAAGGUCACCCUGCAGCUACAGGUGUUGAAUGAGGUGGUGGUGGAUCGAGGUCCUUCCUCUUACUUGUCCAAUGUGGACUUGUACCUCAACGGACGACUCAUCACCUCAGUGCAGGGCGACGGUGUCAUCGUGUCCACACCGACAGGCAGCACAGCAUAUGCCGCUGCAGCAGGCGCCUCAAUGAUCCACCCUAACGUACCCGCCAUCAUGGUCACGCCCAUCUGCCCACACUCGCUCUCCUUCAGGCCCAUCGUGGUUCCUGCUGGGGUGGAGCUCAUGAUCACCUUGUCUCCAGACGCUAGGAACACGGCCUGGGUGUCGUUCGACGGCAGGAAGAGACAGGAGAUCCAACAUGGAGAUUGCAUCAAGAUCACAACGUCUUGCUACCCAGUGCCGUCCAUCUGCUGUCACGACCUGGUGUACGACUGGUUCGAAAGCCUGGCUCAGUGUUUGCACUGGAACGUGCGCAAGAGGCAGGCGCGGCUGGCGGACAUCUCGGACUCAUCGGACACUGAAAACUGAACCAGCCGGUGCGUUUACUGGCCUGAGUUAGAGCCAUUCAGCCGACGCUCUGCAGCAGCUGAGUGAGUGAGACUGGGGGGAUCUGCGACGACCACGAGGUCUCCUGACAACAAGCGUCAGACUGUGACAGCGAGAGGGCGUGUGUACAGGCACAGCAGCGUUACAUUAGUCCUAAGAAUAGCAUGUACAACGAGCAUACUGUGUAUACAGUAUUUAACACACUGAGUCAUCAUCUCAUUACAUUCCAGUAAAUAAACUGCAGUUUUAUCUGUAGGUCACAGGGAGGCAGCGUGUCUCCCACUUAGAAAUGAAUAAAGUCUAUUGUUACUUAAACUAUUACAUUAUCCUUUGAUUUGAAAGAUGGGGAUCAACUGAAGAUCUUUGUCAAUUGGUAGAAUCCUCUGUGAUGAUCAGUGUGUGAGCUGUAGAUGUGACUGUCGUGACUUUGAGGUCAAAUGUAGAAAAUACCCUGAAAAGGAGAUACCGGUUUUGAUGAUGAGAUAAUUGUAAAUUUGUACAUACAAGAUGCUAGAGUUAAUUUAUUCAACGUCAUAUUUACAUGAUAUUUAUCUGAUUUCCAAAUGGUAGAUUGUAAAUGUAACUAUAAGUUCAUUUCAGACACUGAGCCUAAACCUUUAUAAUCAUAUUCUAAAGUCCUUCAGAAUCUUCUCUCUGUUGUUUUCCAAACUUUUGUGCCCCAGUUUAAAUUCGAUGGCCUGCAGCUGAGUCAAACAAAUGGAAUGAGCUGGAGAAUCUUACCAGAGCUGUUGUUUUCAUGAUCGUUAAACUGACGUCAAUCGUAAAGUCACAUCGAGUUCCCUUGCAGCAAACAGGAGAAAAUAAAGAGUUCAAACUUUC